CGGAAGUGUCUGCCUUCUCUCCCCCUGGAGGUGAAAUGGCGGCUGAAGAUUGCGAUUUUCCCAUGGCUCCCGAGUCGGAGAUGAGCGAAGAGGAGAUCGAAAGGGAAGCCGAGGGCUUUAAAGAACAAGGAAAUGCUUUUUACAUCAAGAAGGAUUAUUCUGAAGCAUUCAACUUCUACACAAAAGCCAUCGAUGCAUGCCCCAAAAAUGCAAGUUACUAUGGGAAUAGAGCCGCCACACUGAUGAUGCUGAACCGCCACAGGGAGGCGCUAGAAGAUGCACAGCAGGCUGUCCGGAUGGACGACAUGUUUGUGAAGGGUUACCUCCGGGAAGGGAAGUGUCACCUGUCCCUCGGUAACGGCAUGGCAGCCAGCCGCUCCUUCCAGAGGGUUCUAGAACUGGAGCCGGACAACGCUCAGGCACCCACAGAGUUGAAACAUGCCAAUGCUGUUCUGGAAUACGAGAGAAUGGCAGAGAUCGACUUUGAAAAACGAGACUUUAGGAAGUGUGUGUUCUGCAUGGACCGUGCAUUGGAGUACGCCCCUGCCUGCCACCGGUUCAAAAUCCUCAAAGCAGAGUGUUUAGCCCUGCUGGGGCGCUACCCCGAAGCACAGUCGGUCGCCAGUGAUAUUUUGCGCAUGGACUCUACGAAUGGGGAUGCUCUGUAUGUGAGGGGCCUGUGUCUGUACUACGAGGACUGUAUUGAGAAAGCAGUGCAGUUUUUCGUCCAGGCUCUUCGCAUGGCACCGGAUCAUGAGAAAGCCCGGCUGGCCUGCAGGAAUGCCAAAGCCUUGAAAGCCAAGAAGGAAGAAGGGAACAAUGCCUUCAAAGACGGCAAUUACGAAGCUGCCUAUGAGCUGUACUCGGCGGCACUGACAAUAGACCCCAACAACAUUAAAACAAACGCCAAACUCUACUGUAACAGGGGGACCGUGGGUUCGAAGCUAAAAAAAUUAGAACAGGCAAUAGAAGACUGUACAAACGCAAUAAAACUGGAUGAAACUUACAUCAAAGCAUAUUUAAGGCGAGCGCAGUGUUAUCUAGACACAGAACAAUAUGAAGAGGCUGUUCGGGAUUAUGAAAAAGUUUAUCAGACGGAGAAAACAAAAGAACACAAGCAUCUUCUAAAGACUGCACAACUGGAACUGAAGAAAAGCAAACGAAAAGAUUACUAUAAGAUCCUGGGAGUGGAUAAAAACGCUACAGAUGACGAGAUUAAGAAAGCAUACAGGAAGCGAGCGCUCAUGCACCACCCAGAUCGUCACAGUGGAGCCAGUCCGGAGAUGCAAAAAGAGGAGGAGAAAAAGUUCAAGGAGGUGGGAGAAGCUUUUACUGUGCUCUCGGAUCCCAAGAAGAAAGCCAGAUAUGACAGCGGGCAGGACCUGGACGAGGAUGGCAUGAACAUGGGCGAUUUUGAUGCCAACAACAUCUUCAAGGCGUUUUUCGGAGGUCCUGGGGGUUACAGCUUCGAAACUAAUCCAUCUUCCGGCCCUGGCAAUUUCUUUUUUCAGUUUGGUUAAACAAAACAAAAAGAGAAACAUUUUUAAAAGGUUUUCUGUUCUGUUUCAAAACUUCUGUCUCGGACAUAAUUUAAUCAAGAGGCUCGUCCUUCCUCCCCAGUUUUAAUGUACUCUGUUUUCAGUUGGUAUACCUCCUGUAUUUUUGCUUAGAUAUGGGAGGGGAAAAACAAAAAAACACACAUGGCCUCUUGUUCUGUUUUUAUGAUACGUUUAUUAAAAUGAUUCUGAAAGUAUCUGGUCGCUAAUUUCUAUACCUCUAAAUUGAUAAAGGAUUUUGUUUUUUAUUUUUCUUGUAAGAUCUGGACUAGGAAUCAGGUUUUUUUUUGUGAUCGGGAACUUGGAAGACAAAACCCUAAACACACACUUUUUUUUGUUGUCUCAAACAUUCAUGGUCCCCCCCCCCACACCCUUAAAGUACAAGUCUCCAUCACCUUUUUAAAUAUUACACCAAUCUGUAUCUGCAAAACAGUCCACAUCUUUCAAACUGACCUUUCAGGCUGCUUUGUAGAGAUUGUGAAGAAAUGUGUAGGUGGUCAAUGUGCUAUAAAGUGCUGGCUUUGGAUGGAUGUAAAAAAGUUAAUUAAAAUAAUUAGUAGAGAAAUGAUUUAAACCAAGUCAGACAAAAAGCGUGUGGAUAUUUUUAAUUCCACUAUGUUUUGUGUCGGAUUCAGACAUCUGAAAACAUCACAUUUUAUGUUGUAUUUUAGGAUGUGAGUAACGUACCCGUGAUUGUGCUGGGGUAGUAAAUAAUAAUUCAGGUUCUGCACAUGCAGCCAGCAUUGGAACUGCAAUAUAUUUUCAUGGUCAUCAUAAACAUGCAGUGUAUUAAAUGUCACCGUCUGUUCUGUUCUUUCCUGAUCAGUACAUUUGCGCAGAAAUGUCUUCUAUCUUUUUUGUUUUCUUUUUUAUUUCCAUCUAAUUUAUUGUGAAGUCAGAAAUUUGUAAGUCUGUUAUUCCUACCUUUUAAAAAAAAAAACAGUCCGUUUCAAAGUGACUUACAGGAAGCACAGAUGAAAAGUGAUAGCCUUGUUCAUUUGUAAAUAAAGUUAGCCUCCUGUUUUCAUUAUUAUUAUUGUUAUUAUUAAAGAUGUUUUGUUUUGAGUUCAUGAUGUGAAUUAAAUGGAGGUUCUAAUGUAUUAUCACAGAACAGAAGACUUUAAAAAGAGUUUAAAAGAAAUGUCUGGCAACGUGUGCCUAGAGCUACACGUAGGUCUUGCUAAUGAAAUGUAUUGCCAGGAAUAGGGUGAGAAUGGAAAUAGCUGGUGAAAUGGUGCCUUGUAGAGGCUUUGCAGAAUUUCAUGCACCAGAAAUGUAUCCUCAUAGGCUUGUGCUGCACCCUUUAGAACCAAUGGAAUUAAUUCAUGCCAUCGUUAUUCUGUAACCUGGACCAGGGGCAGAAGACGUUUGCAGAUUGCUAACAUUUUAUAAUUUCUUUGGUGCAGACGGCUAGCUUAUAAUUAAGUAUAAUUCCAAACAAAAUCAUUAAUAAUGUGUUGUAAACUGGAAGCUCCCAAAUCUUGUUUUAUGAUCCUGAUAAUGGUAUAAUUUCACAAAUCUUUGUGUUUUAGGUUUUUGGCUGUGUGUUUUAAAUUGGGCAAAGUGCAUAUUUCCUCCUAUCCCCCAAAGUUUCACAUAGUUGAAAUAACUUAACAUAUGUUCAGCAAAGUACUGUAAUGACUGAUCUAUAGACACAUCCAUUUUUAUAAUGCAUAUUCCACUGGCUUAAUAUAUUGUGCUCUUAAUAGCACCUGGUAAUCAAUUAUACUCAUUUAUAGAAUUUGAUGGCCAGUUUAUUUCUUGCGAUCAAAUCUGGGAAUGUGAUGCUUCAGUAUCCUACAUCUUAGCACUCUUCUAACUUUUAUUAUAAUGUUUAAACUGUGCUUGCUUUUUUUAAUAUGUACUUUAAAAAAAAAAAAAAACUCAGUUUACAAAGAGUAAUUCAGUGGUAGGAAUUCUGCUUGUGUGUGUCAGCCCUGUUUUUUGUAAUUGGCUUGUUGAGAUCACAUGACUGAAAAGCAGAUGCCAGUAAUAAUGGUCACAUGAAGAAAUAUCUCAAUAGCUCAACUGUUCGUCUUUCACAGACUGGUUGCUGGUACUGAACAGGUUAACUUACCCCCCUUUUACCAUGCCUCCGGUUGCUGGCACUUGUUUAUAUUUGUGGCAUAAUGUUUUUGAAAAGGGAGCAAAACAGUUUAAUUACAGAACCUAGCCUUGUUCAAACGCCACAAAAUGUAAUGAAUUUGUAUUCUGUAAGAGUGUGGGUUUUUAACAUGUAGGUAAUGCUGACACGUACAUCCACUCUUACACUGCUCUUGAGAUUCAUUUUCUUGAUGAAUUUCUCACAUUUGUACAGAAAACCUUAAUAAAGAGAACCCUCUUUUGAUGUUAA